CCGCAUUGCAUUACGCUUUCUAUGCCCGUUAUUAUUUGGGUCAUUGAUCGAUUGGCAACUGUGUAACAGCUUUUUCCCCACACAGACUGCCUCACCUCACCCAUGAGUCUACCGGCCGCCCCGCCGAGUUACGCUGAAGCCAUUGCAGGGGACAAGGAGCAGACGUACGGUGGAGUGAUGGUGGCAAUGCCCCCCUACAGCGACAACCUGCCCCCCAUGCCCCCUCCACCGGUGCCCAUCCACACCAGCUGGGCCUACGUGCACCCCAGUCCCAGCCCGGGCUACACCAACCCCUACGCUUCUGACAUGUCCUCUCCCUUCUCUGACCCCAGCACCAGCGACAGCAUGGAUGGAAGCAACUGGGAGGACAAGAACAUCCGACGUAUGUUCAUUCGCAAAGUUUUCUCUAUCCUCAUGGUCCAACUGUUGGUGACCUUUGGUAUCGUGGCUCUCUUCACGUUUUGUGAACCAGUCCGGCAGUUUGUGCAGUACAAUCGAAUCCUCUACCUUGCCUCAUACAUCACCUUCAUGGGGGCAUACCUGGUGCUAGUCUGCAGCACAAGUGCCCGGCGACAGUAUCCCACCAACCUCAUUCUCUUGGGGAUAUUUACUUUGGCAAUGUCUUACAUGGCAGGAAUGCUGGCUAGCUACCACAACACUAAAGUGGUGAUGCUGUGUGUGGGCAUUACCGCCAUGGUGUGUCUGUUCAUCACGCUCUUCUGUUUCCAGACCAAGGUGGAUUUUACGUCGUGUCACGGUCUGCUCUUCUCUCUCAUGAUGGUGCUGAUGGUGACGGGACUGUUGCUCCUCUUCACCGCACCCUUCGGAUAUAUACCUUGGUUGCAGACAGCGUACGCUGGACUGGGUGCCCUUGUCUUCACGUUGUUCUUGGCCUUUGACGUGCAGCUACUGAUGGGCAACCGGCGGUACUCCCUGAGUCCCGAGGAGCACGUGUUCGGAGCGAUGUGCCUUUACAUGGACGUGGUCUACAUCUUCUUCUUCCUCCUACAGCUGUUUGGGAGUCAGGAGUGA